UUUCUCAGUCUUGCCUGAGAAAUGGCCUGGGAAAUCAUAAGGAGGAAUUAAAACAAUCCUCAGAGAUAGAAGACAGCCUUGCAGGUGCUUUUUGUCAGUUUCUUGUUUUCUUGCAAGAGAAGGUCAAGGGGUGGUGUACCCCACUGACCAAUGAUGGUGAUGUGCUAGUUUACUAACCAAUAAGAGUUUUACCUUUCUGUACUCUCACAUAUUGGUCUAUAAAAGAAGAUCUGAGGUAAUAAACCUUGGAGGAACUCUCCUGUUCAACUCACAAGAGAGUCUGUGUCAUUCUUUUCGCUGUUCCCAAUAGAGCAACAGAUUAGAGGCUGCACUGCUGUAGUCUUACACUAAUACAACAAGGUUCACAAGCCAAUCUUGCAAAACGUAGUUGGAGUCCAUGAAAUCAACAUUUGAGUUAUCUAUUAAAUGGAAAAAGACUUCAACCAAACACCUGAGAAUCAAACAUUGUUUCAAACACAACUUUCCAUGGCACAAAGUGGCAGGAUUCCAUGCCAGUUGUCAGCCUUUCUUCCUGUACAAAAUUGUGAAACUACAGCAUGAGGUACAAUUAUUUCAAAUACCAGAGGAACAUGAUUUGUACCCUCCCACAAAACUAAGAGGAAGUGAAGACCAGCUCUGGGAUGUAAUUUGCCAGUUCAACUAAACAGUAACUUUAAAAUUGCACAUUUAAGCAAAACCUAGAGUAUGUUUCUUGUUGCCCUGAAAACUCAGUUUUUCAAUCUGGUUGACAUAGUUGCUAAAGACUUUCCCAGGACUGUAACUGUAAACAUAGAUAUGUAUAUAUUCGAUGGAGAUCUCUCACAGCCAGUAUGGUUGGGAAGGUGUUAUCCUGACUAUCCAAUCCCUGGCCGUGGUCAGAAACCUAUAAAUUCUGAGAGAAAAAAGAAAUCUCUCUCCUAACUUCACCACACCUCGAGCUGUAUCCAGGUGACUCAUUUCGUAUCCAGCAGCAACAUCUGGUGACCCCCAAUGUGUGUUGCAGGUGACGGUUGUAGGGCACUCUCUGGCCCUGGGCCAUAGCUGCUUUUGGGAUUUCUACUGCAGAGGCCCUGGUUCUGGGGGUGUGGCGUGCUGUCUUUGAUUAGAAAUGGAUUGAUGUUUUGGAUGCUGACUUUCAGCGGUUGUAUGCUUAUGGGAGAGCUGAAGGUUUUUUUCCUGUGGUUGAAGCAUUUUUUUCGAAGCCGGUUAGAGACACGUUAGGCAAUUGCCUGAUCUGGGCUAUGGUAGUGGCUUACGACUCCCACCUAGCCCUGCUGCUGCAGAUCUGGUGGCAGUGUGACCGCACUCUGAACAGCUGCGCAUCCCCUUCUGCCGGAUCGGUAGCCGCUUUCUCCAACCUGGAUGAGAGGGAUGGCUCUGACUCCAGUUGUGGGAGCAGGGCGGAGCUCUCCCUCUCCCCCGGUGACACGGAGCCGGGGGGCAGCUGUGUCUCGGGUUCCGAGGUCAGCUCCCCCAAGGUUGCCGGGAGCCCCGGUGGGUUGGAUCCCGGCCAGCAGGCCGUCGGGGGCACCGCAGAGCUGAUGGGUAUGACCCCGCCUCGCCCGGCAUCCCAGCUGCAUAAGCCUGGGGCAGGGUCGCCGCCUUUGUGUGCCUUCCCGGUGCAGACUGAUGAGGGGCUGCCUGAACGGGGGGCAGUGCGGCCCCUGAGGGAGGCGUCGGGGACGGUCCCAUGUCCCUGUUGUGGCUGGGCUGUGCCGUACCCCGCGAUGGGGGACAGGACGGGCCCAAGCUCCGUGCUGGUGGCCGCGCACACACAUGCUGUUCCAGUGGAGGAGGGCUCGGCGCUGCUCCGCACAGAGCGGCCGGCACCGAUUCUUGGGUUUUGCGCCCCCAAGGAAACUCUGUUAGGGGCGAUUCCGAGCGCUGCUCCUCCCGCCCCGGAUUUGUGGGGCGUGGGGACGGGUGCUGCAAGUGGUGCGAACGCCGGGCCAGCUUCUUUACCUGUGCCUUGGUCCCUCCCUGCACUGGGGGUGGGCCACAGCGAGCUGGCUCCACCCCACCCCACCUCAGGUUCCUGGACUUUGCCCAAGCCUGCGGCUAGAGAGGGGGCACCCCUUCCGCCUCCUAUGGCUGCGGCGGAUUGGGGUCCUGCGCUGUUUACAAUUGGCUCGGGGGGUGAUGCCGUGGGGGCAAAGCCGGUGGCCUCCACAGGAAAAGGGUCCCAGGCUGCAGGAGCCUCUCGGGCUGGCCUGUGGACUUUGCCCCCCUGUCAGAUGACUGUGCAGCCGCAGGAUAAGGCACAAUUUUGGGGCACUGUGAAGGCUAAGGUUGAUGAGGUAGCUGGCUGUGAUUCUGGGCACAGCCCCCUGGACAGCGGGGAUGGGUCCUCUGGUUCUGCUGGUGUUACAGCGGCUGUGGCGCCAGAUGCUGUUGUGGGGUCUUCUGGCAAGGUGCCUGGCCCUGUCUUGGGGGACUCCGUGAGACAAGAUGCAGCAAGCGAGUCCAACAUCAAGAGGUGCAAUUUGUGCAUUCAGUGAAGACACUGAAUGAUGUCCAGAAAUUGGUAGGUGUCGUUACAUGGUUGCGUCCCUAUUUGGACUGACCAUGAUACAACUGUCUCCCUUGUUUGGUCUGUUAAAGGGAGACUCUGAUUUAAAGUCACCUCAGACACUGACCCCAGAGGCACAACAGGUGCUGGAGGAGGUUCGGCGAGCAGUUUCUGCUCGUCAGGUUUAUCGCAUUGACCCUUCCAUUGAUGUUGCUGUUUUCAUUACCACUCCAGAUUUACAUCCCACAGGUAUCAUUGGCCAAUGGAAUGAUGAGUGGUCCGAUCCCUUGCAUGUCCUGGAAUAGGUUUUCCUGCCCCAUCAGCUGCAGAAGAUGGCAACUUCACUGUUUGAGCUGAUAGCCCAUUUUGAUAAUCAAAUGCCGCAACGGUGUUUGCAAUUGAGGGAUGUGGAUCCUGCAAAGAUUAUGCUCCCGGUACCACGGGAGGACUUUGGAGCUUUGCGAACACUAUUUCCAUGCAAAGUGCUCUGGAGAAUUUUUCUGGGCAGAUCACCUAUCAUCUGCCCAGUCACAAGCUAUUGCCAGUGGCAAACUUCACUGACCUUUCUUUGUGGCCCAAACAUAGUCAGGAGCCUGUGCAAGGAUCCACUGCCUUUACUGAUGGUUCAGGGAGGACUGGAAAGGUCAUUGCUACCUGGAAGGAUGGAUCUGAGUGGCAGGUUUUGGAGAGUCGGGAGGUUGGGUCAGCCCAAUUGGUGGAAUUACGGGCUGCUGUCAUGGCAUUUCAGAAGUUUUCCCAGGCACCUUUCAAUUUGGUCACAGAUUCCGCCUCCGUGACCAAAUUGAGAGUCAUCGAAUGGAUAGGCCAUUGGAUGAUAACUCGGAUGCGGAUGACGUGGGUGAUCACCCCAAUGGCCCAUCCACAAGCAGGUGUUGAUGCUAGACACAUUUUCACUUUUAUUUUUUUUGUAAUAACAAAAGGGUGAGAUUUCACCCUGAAAUUACAGCCUUCUGAUUGUAUGAAGCAUUGUUUAUUUUUCCUAUUAUUUUUCCUUUUGAUUGUUUAGAAUGUUGUUAGCUUCUUUGUUCAUUUUCUUUUCUUUUUCUUUUUUUAAAAAACAAAAAGGGUGACAUGUCACCCUGAAAACUCAGUUUUUCGAUCUGGUUGACAUAGUUGCUAAAGACUUUCCCAGGACAGUAAUUGUAAACAUAGAUAUGUAUAUAUUCUUUCUGAUACACAUCUUUUGAUGGACAUCUCUCACGGCCAGUAUGGUUGGGAAGGUGUUAUCCUGAUUAUCCAAUCCCUGGCUGUGGUCAGAAACCUAUAAAUUCUGAGAGAAAAAGUAUAUCUCUCUCCUUCCUUCACCACACCUCGAGAUGUGUCCGUGUGACUCAUUUCGUGUCCAGCAGCAACAGCUUCUUCUGCAUCAGGCUUUUCUCCAUCCAAUACCCAAGAAAAGGCAACCCAAGCAUCCAAAGAAAUGGUCAGUUUAUCUACAAUUACAGGAAAAUUCUAAGUGAAAAUUUUCAAUUCCUGACCUACUAAAAUUUGCUUGUAGAUUUCAGAAUAAAAAGCCACAAUUUAUGGAAUCGUUAAACAAGUAUUAAACAAGACAUGGGAAGGUACUUUUUAUUAAAAUAGCAAGUAUAGAUUACAAGCAGGAUUAAAUCAGUAAGGGAGCCUAUUAACUAGCUAUUUGUGUUCAAAGCUGCAGCAGUAAAAGAACUGUAGUAUGUUGUUUAUCCUAGAAAAUCUUUGUAAGCUAACUGCCUGAGCAAUACAACCAGGAAGGGUUGUUUUCUGUAAAAUUGCUCUGGUUGUCAUAAAAUACUCACACCAGUAAAAACAGCACUCAGGUGUUUUGUUACAGUACCAAGUAAACUAAAUUGGGUAACUUCUACAGAAGAAAAAUAUAAUGAGGAAAUGAAUCUUUGUCACACUGAAUAGCUGGCCUGAUAUAAAGGCAAAUUACCACAGUAAACCAGGGAAUAGUUUAAAAUUGACUGAAGCCAACUAUGGCCUUCAUUUCAUUACUGGAGGGAAAAUAAGUACUAUUUAUGAGACAAUUUGGGGCUUGGUAUUGACAAUAAAGCACAGUCAACAUUUUUCUUGAGUGACUAAUACAUCUUCUUAAUGACAGCAUGAAGUGCCAGAUACAGAUAUUAUUCUAACAAGUUAGAGCUUUAUACCAGGAUUCACUGAGCAGGUAAGUCAUUAAAGUAAUCACAAGUAUCUCUUUUUCAUUUGCUUAAAACUCAACAGUCCUAGCAUCAGUUGUUAAUCUGACAAACAAUAAAUGACAUAUAAAAAUCAAGCAAGCUUUAACACUUCUUUUUGAUUCUGAUUCUUCUUGCUUACUAUUAAGACAAUCCUCAUGAGGAGCAACAGUAACUUGAACUUGCACAAAUUCCAACAUAUUUUCACCCAUAAACUUGCUUUCCACAUCACUGAUACUCCAAUGGGAAUAAUACCUUAAACUUAUUGCCUAAAUAAAUAAUACAGCUUAUAUCACUGAGGUGAAGAAAUUGCAUUAUCAUACGCCUUAUAGAAAAUCAUUUCAAUUUAUAGACUGGAAAAUGUCAGCAAAUUAAAAACUUGUAAG